GUAUUGUGGGAUGGGCCGGCUAGCUAAGAGGCGACGGCGGCGGCGGUGGCGGCGGGAGCUGCGGGGCCGGGCGGCGGCCUGAGGUGGCCAGGCAGGCGCUGGGGCCGCCAUGAACUCCUCGGUGGUGAAGCGCACGCAGGACGCCCUGGGGAAGGUGAUCAAGAAGCCGCCGCUGACGGAGAAGCUACUGAGCAAACCCCCGUUCCGCUACUUGCACGACAUCAUCACGGAGGUAAUUAGAAUGACUGGUUUUAUGAAGGGACUCUACACAGAUUCUGAGCUGAAAUCUGAUAAUGUUAAGGAUAAAGAUGCAAAGAUUAGCUUCCUUCAGAAGACCAUAGAUGUUGUGAUAAUGGUUUCAGGAGAGCCAUUAUCUGUGAAACCAGCGAGAAUUGUGGCAGGACACGAACCAGAAAGAACAAAUGAGCUGCUCCAAGCAAUUGGAAAGUGCUGUCUCAAUAAGCUCUCAAGCGAUGACGCUGUGAAGAGAGUUCUCGCUGGAGAGAAGGGGGACACAAAGGGGAAGCCUCCGCUGACCUCGAAAUCCCAAGAGGUGGACAACAAGGAGGUUAAGGAAGAAGAGCCACGGAUUCACAAAGAGAAGGAGGAAAAAAGAAACUCUGAAAUCAAAGACAGGAGCCCAAGCCGAGAACGCAAACAGAGAGAAGAGGGGAAAGAUGAAGAAAGCAAACAGAGAGAAAAGGACCGAGACAAAGAACGGGAGAAGAGCAAGGAGAACGACCGGGAGAGGCACAAAGACCCUGACCGGGACAAAGUGAAAGAUGGGGAGCGAGACCGAAAUAAAAACAGAGCCAAGCAGGAGCGCGAGCGAGAGAAGAGCAGAGACAAAGAUAGAGGCCCCAAGGACCGAGAGCUGGAGCGGGACAAGGAGAAGGACAAGAAGAACGAUAGUGGGAAGGAGAAGGAACGAUUGAAAGAAAGGGACAGAGAGAGAGAGAAAGAGAAGGGCAAAGACAAGGACAGGGACAAGCGGAGAGAGAGGGUGAAAGAUGGGGAACACUCAAAGGAACAUGAAAAGGACAAAAUCAAGGAGCAGGAAAAAACCGAAAAAAAGGCUGCAGGCACAGUGGAGAACUUGUCAAAAAAAUUCUCAGAGUCAACUGUGAAAGACCCCAGAAUGGAAAUGGACAGAGAGGUUGACCUUGCCAAUCGAGUAUCUAGAUCGUUGACAUCUAAAGGAUCAAGAUGGCGAUCCAAAAAUUCAGCAGAAGGAAGAAGGGAAGAUAAUAUUGUCUCAACUAAGACUAUUUCAGACCCAACUGGGCUGGUUAAAGAGCCGGAGCAGCAAACGGUGUCACCCGAGAUAGGAAGAAGGGAAGCUAAUAAUAAUUCAGCUAGUGUUUCAGACGGCAGCCCAGCUAGUGUGUGGCAUGAAAACACUGAGCCAGAGCCGACAGCCAAGAUGAAAGGUGACUCCACUAGUGAUGCAGAAGGAGAAGUUGGAAUGGUUACCCAGGAGAAGCCGGCGAUGUCAGAGAAUACCGAGAUGCCCAGUGAGCUUGCGUCUGGCGUCCCUCCAAGAAGAAUACCUCGUCCUGGCAGUGCUCGGCCAGCCCCCCCACGAAUCAAGAGGCAAGAAAGUGCAGAAGUCCUGGCUCCGGAGAGGACGGGCAAUGGGAAGAUGGUCUCCAACGUGAUCAUCGACUCGCAGAAUUCGGACGAUGAGGAGGACAGCCAGUUUGUGGUCGAGGCCGCCCCCCAGCUCUCGGAGAUGCCGGAAAUGGACACGGCACCGGCGGUCGAGUUGGAGGAGGACGAGAAGCACGGUGGACUCGUGAAGAAGAUCUUGGAGACUAAGAAGGAUUAUGAAAAACUCCAGCAGUCCCCCAAGUCUGCAGAGAAGGACAGACCGCUUCUGCUGGAAGCAGCCUGGAAGAAGGAAAAGGACAUCGUGUCCAAGGAGAUUGAGAAGCUUCGGACGUCCAUUCAGACUCUGUGUCGGAGCGCCCUGCCCCUGGGCAAGAUCAUGGACUACAUCCAGGAGGACAUGGAUGCCAUGCAGAACGAGCUGCAGCUCUGGCACUCGGAAAACAAGCAGCAUGCGGAGGCCCUGCAGAAGGAGCAGAGCAUCACGGACUGUGCGGUGGAGCCGCUCAAGGCAGAACUGGUCGAACUGGAGCAGCUGAUUAAGGACCAGCAGGACAAGAUCUGUGCGGUGAAGGCCAACAUCCUGAAGAACGAGGAAAAGAUCCAGAAAAUGGUCUACAGCAUCAACAUCAGCUCCCGACGGUGAAGGCCCGACGACGACCUGGUACUCCGUCCAUUUUACAAUAAAAGGGAAAGAUGUGUGUAUGAUCGAAAGCUAUGUCCAUCAGCCACGGCGGGACCGAGCUUUCCAAAUGUCGGUGUGUGGCGAGGGUGACCACCUGGACGGCAGUGGGGUGAGGAUUUGCUGGCCACAGCCAGCUCCCCUCCAGCACACCCUGCAGGUCCCUCUGCUUGCACACUUGCUUGGCCGGUUCUUCUGGGGAGUUACGCAGAGUCCACGUUAUGGCUGCAGAUGACCGAGUCCCUCCUUUCUUUCCAUCCUCCGAGACCAGGUCCCAAAUUUACCAGUCGUUUCUGCCCUCCGGGUCGGAGGGAUCCUUCUAGGUCAAGCACAGAGAGACUUGUUGCCGGAGUAAUUGAAUGCUCAGAUGCUAGUCCCUUUAUAAGUAGAACAGAAAGGCCUUGAAAAGGCUGAGAAUGGAUCCCAACUCGUGUCUGCGUUUGGAAAAGGUUAAUACAAGUGCACAUGUUCUUUUAAAUACUUGUCUGUCUUCAUGCUUCUUGCCUCACUCAGACUCUGGGGUUCCUCUGCACUGUUUUCCUGUUGGUUUCUUGCAUGUUUUAAAAGUUGAUGAUUUCUUUCAAAUUUCACAUUUUUCUGGAUGUCACAAAUUAUCCGAGUCCCCUCUCUUGUCUGGCCCGUGUGCGUGUUGCCGCGGGCCAGAUGCAAGCAGGCAGCUCGCUGCAGGCACCAUCACCAUCCCCUGAGUUCAGGAAGGAGCUCAGCCUGGCCUCAGUGGGGUCCCGGCGCCUUCGCUUUUGUCUGGAGGAGGAUGGUUCCCCAGUGCAAAAGGAAGGUUUGUAAUGACUGCAAAGAGAAGACCAAAGUGGGCAUGUUUAUUAUCAUUUCCAGAAAGCUUACUUUUUUUAAAAAAAAUCUCUUUUUAUAUUAUUUAUAUUAAGUUUUGCAUUGACCUAUGACAUUGGAGAAACAUACAAAAGUCUUUAAGUUACCGGAUAAAGGAUUUUGCUGUAUCGGGAGACGUACUUACCAGUUUUCGAUUCUGUCUCCUGCUAGUUACAUUUCGAAAUUUCGGAUCGCUGAGCUUAUUAUGUAUGUGCACUGAGGACAGCCCUGGUCACCCAUUCCCAUUAUCUAAUCCAAAGUUAACUUCCUUAGGAAUGACUCCCAAUGGCAGUUGAGUUUGCCCAGCUGGCUUUGGCAGAUGAGCCGUGUACUAAAGCUGUCAUAUGGCAAUCUAGAUGGAAGAGGUCAGGGAAGAUCCUGAGAAUCUCUUCUUUUUAAAAGCAGAAGCCUCUGGGCCCCCUCUCCGUAUGAUAUCUUUAAUUUCUGGAGAAUCUUCCCUGACUCCUUCCCUUCUACAUUCUCAUCUGCUUAUGGUCUCUUCUACACUGGACGGCAUGAUGAAGCAGCACUAAGAUGAUCCCCGUCAUGCUUUGGGACAAGAUGCCUUUUAUGCCUUUUAUGAAUCUUGUAAAUAGGACCACAAUUUUUGUGUAGAAAGAAUGGCAAAUAUACUGUAUGUGCAUAAAAAUUUGUACAAAGUAGGGUCUUAAAAUUGUAUCAUAAAAUUUAUUUUUCUUUUAUAUAAAACUCAUUAAAAACAAUCACCUAUUUUUUCUAUGAAGUGUAUGAGUUGUACAGUUCAGUUCACACCUGGAAACCUUAUUUAUAAGCAUUUGAAUUAUCUGUUUUGGACAUUUGUGUAUUUUGUUUUGUUCUUGUAUGAAAAGUUCAGGGAAAUUCCUUUUUUCACAGUGAUCCGACGAUAUUUCCAUUGUCUGCAUUAAAUGAAGUUUCCUCGAAGACAGAUAAGCAUUUCUCAGAAGUUCUAAGACCAUUAAUGAUGUUCUUGGUAUAUCAGUUCAGAUGGUUGUUUCGGCCUCUCUCUUGAAUACUGAUUAAGUCCUCAUCUUGCUUAGUAUUUUGAAAAGAUACACAAAUAAGAUCACCUAAAUGCUUUCCCCAUUUGGGAACUUUGAUUUAUACUUUUUCAGUGAAUUCUAAAAUCACACCAUAUGGGGAUUUGCCUGAAAAGCGACUUGGUGGUGAGUCUGGGAAAGAACGUGGCCGAGAUGGGCUUCCCAGCCACUCGCAAGUUCUCAGCGAGCCGUUUUUUCAGGGAAAUAGUGACCCCACUGACACUGGCUCAAGAGAGUGGACUCGGUGACCCCUAGCGAGGCUGUCAGGAUUUGGCGUGCUGCUUUCCACAAUUCAAAGGUCUGUUCCGACUUUUGGGGGUAAAUGAACCUCAACCCGCAGGUUAAACUUUGCCAAAUAAAAUGUCCACAAGA